UGACGUUUCCGAGAACGUUUCCUCAAUCUUCUGUUGAACAUGUUAAGGACACUCUAGUCUACUGCGUAAUUUACAAAAGUACGAAUUUAAGAAACGAGUUUUGACUUACUAUAGUAGAUAUUGUUAGCUUCAAGAAAUGACAUGUAAACAUAUUUAGAGAAACUUUCUAGCACUUUCCGUCUUUGCCAAGGAGUUAAACGCAGAGAUUCACAACAACGUAUGUGGAUAAAAGUGGCGUUUUGCGGACAAAUAUGGCAUCAAAAAUAAGUAUUGACCACGACGCGAUUCCAGUUACCGCUUUAAACUGCAGUUUCCGCAAGAAACUGGGAUUGUAUUUGAAUCCAACAAACACAGUAGCAGCAGACUGGAGGACAGUCGCCGAAAUGAUGGACUUUACCUACCUGGAGAUCAAAAACUUCGAGAAAAGAGACUAUCCCUUCGAAAAGGUUUUAACGGAAUGGGAAACGCGUCCAGAUGCCACAGUUGCAAAUUUACUGUCAAUUUUAGAAAAAGCGGAAAGGAAAGAUGUUAUAUCAGAGCUGAAAGACAUUAUAGAUGAAGACUGCAAGAAGUAUUUAGAAAGACAGCAGAGGAAGCCUGUCCAGGUCCCAGUGGUGGACAGCUGCGGGCCCCGCACGCAGGAGCGAGAAGGCAUCACUCUGUAUGAUGAUCCACAAGGUCUGACGCCGGAGACCUUUGAUGCUUUCAUCUGCUAUUGUCAGAGUGACUUCCAGUUUGUCCAUGAGAUGAUCAAACAGUUGGAACAGACUGAACGCAGCCUGAAGCUGUGUGUCUUUGACAGGGACGUCCUCCCCGGCACGUGUGUGUGGACCAUUGCCAGUGAACUCAUAGAGAAAAGAUGUAAGAGGAUGGUGGUUGUUAUAUCUGAUGACUAUCUGGACAGCGAUGCCUGUGACUUUCAGACUAAAUUUGCACUCAGCCUUUGCCCAGGGGCUCGCUCUAAACGACUCAUCCCUGUUGUCUACAAGACAAUGAAGAGGCCUUUCCCCAGCAUUCUCCGUUUCCUGACCAUAUGUGAUUACACCAGACCGUGCACACAGGCCUGGUUCUGGACACGGCUGGCCAAGGCGCUCUCACUCCCCUAACCUUUUGUAUAUGCACCAUGUUUUCUUCACUUUGCAUCGUCACUGGGUAAAGCACACUCUUCUCUCUGGAGGAUGAAGGGAAAAUACCUAAUUGUGAAUUUUGCUCACAUGGGAGAGUUUCUCAGACUCAGUAGUGGGUCCAUCUUAUGACCAUUCCAAGAAAGGUACUUUUUACUGUGUUUAUGAAAGGUGUGUUUGCGCUAAUAUAAAGGUCGCUUGACUUUCCAAAGCAAAUCCCUCCAAAUGAGGGCUGUGUGCUUGCUUACUUUUUUUUUUUUUUUUUUGCUCAGUUUUGUUUGAUUCAUGUAGGUGUCUUUUAUAUCUUUGUGCAUUAAAAACUGUUGUUCGCAAUGUAUAAAAAUGACCCUUUAUUUUGUAUGGAACGUAUGUAUGUCAGAUAUUUAGCAUUUUUGCAUGUGAAAACUGCAUGUUCAUAAUCAUCCUGCAAAUUCAGUUUGUUUAUUAAUAAUUAAUUAAUGCUAAAUGUAAAUUAAGCUUCUUAUUGCUCCUUUUAAUGCACCUUUAAUCUGUAUUUCACACUGGGAAUAUUUUGGAAUAUAAAAUGUUAAUGUGAAUUA